UGACGACUCGUUCGUCACAUAGCAUUCUAGCUCACCUUGGCAUAGCCCUGCAGAUCGCAUUGGCUACGUGCAGGCCCUGCAACGUGAUGCGGCGACGCCCGGGGCGGCUGGCGUCGCUGGGCUUCACAUUGACACUGACGGCGUCAGCGCUGCAGCACUCGCGCCCGGCGCGGCUGGCGCUGGCUUUCACCUUGUUGACACGGUCAGCGUCAGCGCUGCACCACUCGCAAAGACCUAAAGUCCUCCUCGUCGACUGCCACGACAGCUACACGCACAACGUCGCGAGCUGGCUGCACGAUGCGGGCGCCACACCAGAGGUCGUCGCCGCCGACGACGCCGCGUUCGAGGAACAACUCAACAAAGACGCCGCAGCACUCUUAAGGAAGUACGACGCGUUGGUAUUAUCACCGGGGCCGGGCCACCCGGCCCACGUGCCUCGUACACUACACCAGUGCCUGCGACACGCGGACGACAUGCCGGUCCUAGGCGUCUGCCUGGGCCAUCAAUUCCUCGCACUGAGUGAGGGCGGUGCCGUGAAACGUUUACAAGAACCACAGCACGGUUUGGUAAGCAGAGUAGCCCACACUGGUUCCAGACUAUUCAAAGGCAUGGAGCAAGGCUUUGAAGCCACGCGCUACCACUCCCUGACAGUAGACGAGUCAUCUCUAACAAACAGCGACCUCCGCAUCACGGCGCGAGGGCUGAGGGAGGGCGACGUGCUCGCCGUCGAGCACGUCGCCAAACCGAGGUACGGUGUGCAGUUCCAUCCGGAGUCGGUGGCGACGCCGCGCGGUUCAUCAAUCGCGGCGAACUUUCUCGAUGUGGUGCGGGAGCGGUCUCGAAGACGGCCACUCGUGCCUUCUAUCCAAAAGCACGUACCUACAUCAACAUCGUCCUUCGUGACGCGCGCGACGCGUUUAGACGUGGACGGUGUGGACGCGGCGGCCGUGCACCGUUCCUUAUUCGCGGAGGACGGCUUUUGGCUGGAUGGGAGGAACACGUCGGUGUUGGGUGAUGCGGGCGGGCCGUUUGGGGCCGUGCUGACUCAUAGAACGUCGUUGCGCGGCGGUAUCACGCAUCGUGACGGUGAGGUUUUGAGAGGAGACGUGCUGGACCACGUCCAGGGCGAGUUAUCAACCAUGGCGCACGAUAUUGUCGUAGAUGAGACCGGUUCCCAGGUAAACUUACCCUUCGCCUUCCGCCUGGGCCUCGUCGGCUACCUGGGCUAUGAGGUAAGACGAGAGACGGCCGACUACCCCGGCGAGACGUCCGAGAAAUCGGCGCCGGAGCCCGACGCCGCGUUCAUCCGGUGCGGUCGCGCCGUUGUGGUCCAGGACAGUACUGUGUGGAUCCUCGAAUUACAACAACGUGGCACGGACUACGACGGCGCCUGGCGUCGGACGGCCGAGGCCGCCGUCCGAGCAGCAAAGCCUACACCAAAAAAGUUCGCGAGGCGCGAGAUAUCAUUAAGACCGCACAUGUCGAAGCGCGCCUACGCUAAAAGAGUGGCAAGGGCCCGCGCCGCGAUCGACGCCGGCGAUUCGUACGAAGUCUGUCUCACGACGACCUUUGGCGCGGAGUUGGAUCACGUGGGCGACCCCCUGACGUGGUACGAGGCGCUACGAAAACAAAACCCGGCGCCGCAUGCUGCGUAUCUCAAGCUCGAUGACGUGGCCGUACUGUGUUCGUCCCCCGAACGCUUCCUAUCUAUUGACGCCGCGACAAAACGCGUGGAGGCGCGGCCCUUCAAGGGCACGGCGGCGCGCUACGAUGAUGCUACUCAGGACCUCCGGAGCGCCCUGACGCUGCAAAAUUGUAUCAAAUCAAAUGCGGAAAACCUCAUGAUCGCGGACCUCCUCCGCAACGACCUGAGCCGUUCUUGUGAAUUGGGUAGUGUCAAUGUGACGGAGUUGUGUGCCUUGGAGUCCUUCGCCACGGUGCACCAGCUCGUCACGACGGUCGAGGGGACCGCGUCUACGAGUACCGUGGACGUCGUCAAACAGGCCUUCCCUCCCGGAAGCAUGACGGGCGCGCCGAAGAGGCGGACCUGCGAGAUUUUGGACGACCUCGAGGGGCGAGCGCGAGGCUGCUACGCCGGGUGUCUGGGGUUCUUUGGCUUUGAUGGUAGUGCCGACCUCAACGUCGUCAUACGCACUGCCGUUUUAUCGGGCUUGAACUCGAAGCCGCGCUUGGACGUGGCGGCGGGCGGCGCUCUGACGGCCCUAUCGGACACGGAGGAAGAGUGGAAUGAAGUGGUGCUGAAAGCUAGAGCCGUCGCCGACGCGUUGGUGGAAGGAGGGGUGCGCGAGGAGGCGCUCGUUGAUGAUGCCGUCGUCGCGGCGCGCUAGUACUAGUAUGUAAUUGUUUGCACAUAUCCCGUCGACUUAAGCCUUUAGAACGCGGCAAGACUUGCGGCACGGCCGAUGAAUCGGCGACGCGCGGUGUCUCCCCCCCGGGGUCCCGCCCGCUAGUC